AUGUCACUCUGUGUCUUGAGUAGGAAAGAGAAAGAAAAAGUCAUCCGCAGACUCUUAAUCCAGGCUCCUCCUGGGGAGUUCGUGAACGCCUUUGAUGAUCUCUGUCUGCUUAUCCGCGAUGAGAAGCUCAUGCACCAUCAGGGUGAGUGCGCUGGCCAUCAGCACUGCCAAAAAUACUGCGUGCCACUCUGCAUCGAUGGCAACCCAGUGCUCCUGUCUCACCACAAUGUGAUGGGUGACUUCCGGUUCUUUGAUUAUCAGAGCAAACUUUCUUUCAGGUUUGAUCUGCUUCAGAAUCAGCUGAGAGAUAUCCAAAGCCACGGAAUCAUUCGGAAUGAGACUGAGUACCUGAGAUCUGUUGUUCUGUGUGCCUUAAAACUCUACGUGAACGAUCACUACCCAAGUGGAAAUUGCAAUGUGCUGAGAAAGACAGUCAAAUGCAAGGAAUUCUUAAUUGCUUGCAUCGAAGACCACAGCUAUGACAAUGGAUAUUGUUGGAAUGGUCUUUGGAAGUCUAAAUGGAUCUUCCAGGUAAACCCAUUUUUAACCCAAGUAACUGGACGGAUUUUUGUGCAAGCUCACUACUUCAGAUGUGUCAACCUUCAUGUUGAAAUCUCCAAGGAUCUGAAGGAAAGCCUGGAGGUGGUCAAUCAAGCCCAGUUGGCUCUCAGCUUUGCAAGGCUUGUGGAAGAACAAGAAAAUAAGUUUCAAGCUGCAGUCUUAGAAGAACUGCAAGAGCUGUCAAAUGAAGCCCUGAGGAAAAUUCUCCGGAGGGAUCUUCCAGUGACUCGCACUUUGAUUGAUUGGCAGAGGAUCCUCUCUGACUUGAAUCUGGUGAUGUACCCCAAGUUAGGAUACGUCAUUUACUCCAGAAGUGUGUUGUGCAACUGGAUCAUAUAA